AUGCGUAUUUCCAGAGCUGAAACAGCGAACUCGAGUUUCAGAACGAGCGAAACCCUCACCGAUAUCAUCGGUCUUCUUUCGCGCUCUGGCCAACCGCUUGGUGGCGUUCAAGCCCCCGUUAUUGCGGAGUUUGGAAUGCCUGCACAUUCUGAAAUCUUCAGCAACAGUCCACACCCAACAGUUGAAUGGAUGAGCCAACGGCACCUGGAUAAUGCACGGGUGGACGAACGCAUGGAGUUGAGCGAAAACAAUAACACCACCGAAAAUAUCCUAGAAAAUUCGCGAAAUUCAUCCACCGAUACGAAUGCCACCUGGAUCACCGACCUAGGACUCACCCCUGUCGUUAUUGAGCAUCUUCUUGACAGGUUCCGCAACAUGGCAUCCCAUUUCCCAUUUGUGCGACUCUCAUAUGCCUGCAGCGCCACAUCAAUGGCCGAAGACCGCCCAUUUUUAUUACUUGCAGCUCUUGCUGUUGCUUCUUCAAAUCAUUGUCACCUUCAAGAUGCUCUGAUUAAAAAAUUUAAAGAAUCCCUCAGUGAGCGUGUUCUCAUAGAUGGUGAGCAAGAUCUAGAUCUGCUGCAGGGAUUACUUGUCCAUAUCGCCUGGUUCCACUUCGGCUCUGUUCCGGGUAGUCAGCAAACCUACCAAUACUUACAAAUCGCAAUCAGCCUGGUAAUUGACCUUCACCUCGAUCAAGAAACUGCCGACUUGAUUGACCAGCAAAAUGAGCUGGGUGAUAUAAUAGCAAUGUCGUCGGGAAAGCCCAACAAUCUCCAAUUCCACAAAAGCAUGCUUCAAUGCGCCAUGAUAUUUGAACACCAACCCGGGUUCCAGACAGACCUCUUGAUAUACCCAGUGAUGAAAGUUAUUCAAUUUGCUGAUGAAGUCUGGGAGACCUACCGGUCAGAAGGUAUCCGUGGCCCUCGCCUUUUUCUUCACGCUGGACGAUUCACGAUGCGGUUAGAAGAAUGGUGGUCAUCUUUAUCAAUGGAUAUUCGCAACGCGGCAUUGCCGAUCAACUUUUACUAUGCAGUCAAGAUUCGAAUUGAAGAGAUGGGCUUGGUUUAUUGCUAUGGGCAGAGAAGACCUCCAUCUCCAAAAGAACAAGAAGAUCACACCAUGCUCUCCGCACCACCAAUGGUCGUCGGCAAUUUGAUCAAAUGUCUCAGUUCUACAAGAGAAUAUCUCGACUACUUUUUCACCCUUCCCAUUGCAGAUCUUAGUAGCCUGCCAUUUUCAGCAUGGUAUCAGGUUAUUUUGACAGUAUUCGUGCUAUACAGGCUGUCCGUGGGGUUGCCGGAGUUACCUGAAUGGGACGUGGAGAUUGCACAACACACUGUGGAUCUUGGGUAUUACCUUGAUACACUCUUAUCUCAUCUUCAGACUAUUAAGCCAUCGGAAGACAGGCAGAUACCCACAGAAAGCCUAUUUUCAAGGCUGCCCGAGAUUAUAGGAAGUGUUAAGUCUUCUUAUACGUCAGCAAAAGAGGACCUCGCACAGGCUCGUGAUAGUCGGGAUGCCCAUCAUAAACCUCUGGCGUCGAUUAACAAAGCCUCAUCUAUGCGAAGGCUGCACCGCUGCCCUGCAUUGCGGGAUUCAAGCCGGCCCGUCAUCCGGCCUCCAGGUCGACCCAUAAUACAAAGCGCCAUUGCCACGGAAGUCCGGAGGAUAGAAUAUGAGCACCUUUGGGGCGAUGUAUUGUUGAUGGAUGCGUUUCAUAUUCCGAUAGAUUCAUAA